CUCACAUACGGAUCAAAGGGACCGAGAUCACCAAGGGCUAAGGGCAAGGAAGUAUCUAUAAAGAGCCGCAAUGUAAAGUGGGGACCUCAGAUCGGACAAGAAGCCCAGCAAGCCAUCUCCGUACUCAAUCGCUCCAUACCAUUGCCACGAAGCUCACUUCGCAGCACUUCACAUACUCGCAGGCCAUGCCGUCUCUCGCAUCGUCCAGCCUCAUUGACUGGCUGAGCCCUGGCGGCUCAUCUUCCUCUUCUGUGUCUCCCCUCCUGGUCCUGACGCUCGCAAUCCUAGUCGGCCUGGCCAUCCUUGCUAUCCUCUAUCCAGACAGGCCCAUCGGUGUCGCACCUCAUGCUCCCGGCAUCAACCACUGGAAAGGCUAUCCCCUCGUGGGCAGCCUAGACUGGAUCUUAUCAGUGUCUCACGGUGGUAAUCGGCUUCUAGAUGAAAUAUUCCUCAUGCAGAAGACCGAAGGCAUGGGAGCCGGAGGCCAGCCCAUGAGCGUCACUUUCCCAGCUCUAGGGGGCAGAGUCACUGUCAUCAAUAACCCGCGCUAUCUGGAGUGGGUGCAGAAAACCAACUUCGACAACUAUCCCAAGGGACCCGACUUCCACCGAUGCAUGUCUGACGUUCUCGGCCCUCACGGCAUCUUCGUAGCAGACGGCGCGCCCUGGUUCCAGCAGCGAAAGCUUGCCAGCCACAUCUUCAGUCGUUCCUUCUUCUCGAGCCACGUACAAGACACCAUGAAGGCCGAGGUGGUCAAGCUGGACAAGCUCCUCCUCGACGCUUCCGACGGCAAGUGCAAGGGCGAAAAGAUCCAGUUCCCCGAUCUCAUGUUCCGCUUCACACUUAGCACAUUUGCCUUUCUGGCGUUCAAUGCCGAGGUGGACGUGCUGCCAGACAACGUUGACGGUCUCCAGAAGGUCAAUGAAUUUGGACGGGACUUUGACUUUGCUCAGACUGUGCUGGACCACCGCUUCGUCAGCGUCUUGCCAAAGUGGACCGAAUGGUUCACAAAGGAAGGACAUCAGAUGCGCAAGACCAUCAACGGCCUUCACAACUACUGCUACCGCAUCAUCGAUUCGCGUCUGGAGCGCAAGAAGGCCGGAGGUGAGAUGAGCGGUACGAAAGCAGGCAAGGACUUGCUGGAGCUCUUCAUCGACCAAGGCAUCAGCAGAGAGGAGCUCCUCCCCGUCCUCCUGAACUUCAUCGUCGCUGGUAGAGACACGACCGCUCAGAGCUUAGCGUGGUUUUUCUAUGAGAUGUGGAAGCACCCAGAACAUAUCGCAAAGAUUCGUCAGACGCUCGUGCCCGUGCUUGGGGCGCCGAAUGAGCAAAGGCCAAUGGACUUUGAAGACUACAAGGAGCUACCUUACCUUCAUGCGUGUUUCUACGAGGCGAUCAGGCUCUGGCCCGCCGUGCCAAAGAACGCCAAGCGUGUACUCAAGGACGACAUCAUCCAGCCUUCUGCCUCAAAGGACGCAUCUGGAGACUCUUUGAACCUCCCUCCCGUCCCAGUGAGAAAGGGUGAGUCCGUCCUCUGGUCUGACUGGGCCAUGGCACGUAUGCCUGAGAUUUGGGGUGAAGACUGUGAAGAUUUCAAGCCGGAGAGAUUCUUGGAGACGGAUGGGGGUGGGAAGAUGAAGGUCGUGGAAGUGAGCCAGUGGAAAUUCCACGCUUUCAACGGUGGCCCUCGUCUCUGUCUGGGAAAGCUACUGGCAACGUAUGAAGGCAUGGCCGUCAUCGCUGCUAUUCUCGGUCGAUACGACGUUGUAUUCGACUCGGAAGACCUUCAGCGCAACCCGCCGACGUACCAGGAUAGCCUCACGCUACCUUGCUCGCCCUACUGGGUGCAGUUCGAAAAGAGGCAGGACAUCUAGGAUAGUAAGAAGUGGAAGGUAUAAUGGACACCUACGAGGAAGAAGGGCCAGAGAGGUGGAUGUACGAGGAUAUCACUAUUGAGC